UAAAAUGUCGUUGACAAUACGUGAAGACAACAGAAGGUUAAAUAGAGUAGCAGUAAAUGAUCAUCCAACGCACGCAGGGAUUAACAAUACUGUAAUAGAGGAGCAAUUUAUGUGUUUAUGAUAUGAGAAGAAGACACCGGAUGUUUUAGUACCGUGGUAAUAUCAUAAUUAGCACAAGGUUUGUCGCCAUGGCCGCGGCUGUCCCACUUCGACGCACCGAUUCAGCCAGGGGGGAGUUUUCUCCCCUGAAACACUUUGUGGUGGCCAAGAAGACCAUAAGUGUCCUAUUUGAGCAGCUUCUCAAUUACGUCACGGAGACCUCCGAAUUUGUGGAAGAUACAUGUGGGAAUAAAGCCAUUGGUAAAAUUGCAAGUCUGGAUCAAAAGUUGGAGAUUCAAGCGUAUGCAGAUAAACUUGCGGUCAUCAAGGAGGUGCUGGCUCGCAGACACAUGAAAGUGGCAUUUUUUGGAAGGACAAGUAACGGUAAAAGCACAGUGGUUAACGCCAUGCUGAGGGACCGUGUGCUGCCCAGUGGUAUCGGCCACACCACCAACUGCUUCCUGAGUGUGGAGGGGACUGAUGAGGACAAGGCCUACCUCAAGACUGAGGGCUCAGAGGAGGAGAAAAGUAUCAAGACAGUAAACCAGCUGGCUCACGCUCUCCACAUGGAUGAGAGUUUGGAUGCCGGCUGCCUCGUUCGUGUAUUUUGGCCAAAGACCAAGUGUGCCCUCCUUCGGGAUGACCUGGUCCUUGUAGACAGCCCGGGGACAGAUGUCACAUCAGAGUUGGACAGCUGGAUAGACAAGUUUUGCCUGGAUGCUGACGUCUUCGUGCUGGUUGCCAACUCUGAAUCCACGCUCAUGAACACGGAAAAGCACUUUUUCCACAAAGUCAACGAACGGUUGUCAAAGCCCAACAUCUUCAUCCUCAACAAUCGCUGGGACGCUUCAGCAAAUGAACCAGAAUACAUGGAAGAUGUGAGAAAGCAGCACACAGAUCGUUGUGUGAACUUCCUUGUGGAAGAGCUGAAGGUCGUGGACCGCGACCAGGCACCCAACCGCAUUUUCUUUGUCUCCGCCAAAGAGGUGCUCAACUCCCGCAUGCAACGGGCACAGGGCAUGCCCGAGACAGGUGGUGCCCUGGCUGAGGGCUUCCAGGAGAGACUCAAAGAGUUCCAGAGCUUUGAAAGGAGGUUUGAGGAGUGUAUCUCGCAGUCAGCAGUGAAAACAAAGUUUGAGCAGCAUACUAUCAGGGCCACGCAGAUCACAGAAAAAGUCCAGUGCAUCAUGGACGCCAUCAACAUCGAGGCGGCCGAGAAGAGAGUAGCGGCACUGGAGGACAGGGAAUAUCAAAUAGACCGGCUGGACUUUGUGAGGAAUCAGCUCAGACUGCUGGUUGAUGACAUCAGUCAGAAGAUCAAGGCCAUCAGUGAGGAUGUGGAGUCAAAGGUGUCCAACGCCAUGAGUGAGGAGAUCUGCCGUCUUCAUGUGAUUGUAGACGAGUUUCAUGCCGACUUCCACCCAUCGCCCCACGUCCUCAAGCUCUAUAAGUCUGAGCUGUUGUCUCAUGUGGAAGAGGGGAUGGGCAAGAACCUGGCUUUCCGCUGCUCAGAUGCUGUCAAUGCCUCCAUCCAGUCCACUCAGAGAUUCAUGACAGAGAGUAUGCUCCCUUUGCUGCCCUCCGCAAGCCAGAGCCAAAUCCACAGGCUGGUGCCCAACCGGAAGUUGGACCUGAGUUAUGACCUCAACUGUGCCUCGCUGUGCAACGACUUCCAGGAAGACAUCGAGUUUCGCUUUUCUUUUGGCUGGACGGCGUUAGUGCACCGCUUCCUGGGAUCCGUCAAUGCCGAGAGGGCCCUAAAACUGGUAGACCAGAAAUUGCAGGCCACUCUACCAGCGCUGCCCCCGGCCGCAACGCCAUCCUCGGGACCCCCGUCCACCGUUGCACCAUCCAACCACGAGACGGCCGUGAUGAGACAGGAAGACCUGAUGGUUGCCAUGGCAACUAACGCCGCUUCCCUCACCUCACGCACGUCUAUGAGCGCUAUUGUCGUCGGAGGAGUGGUGUGGAGGACUCUGGGUUGGAGGCUGAUCGGCAUGAUGGCCUCCCUCUACGGUUUGCUGUACCUGUAUGAGCGCCUCACGUGGACCACCAAGGCCAAGGAACGCAGCCUGAAGCGCCAGUUUGUGGACUACGCCACAGACAAGCUGCAGCUCAUCGUCAGCUUCACCAGCGCCAAUUGUAGCCACCAAGUGCAGCAGGAGAUGGCGACCACCUUCGCUCGCCUAUGUCAUGAGGUGGAGCAGACUCAGGAGGAGCUCGAGGCAGAAAUCCGCCGGCUGAGCGCCAACAUUGAUGAGCUGGAGAGCGUCCAGAGGCGCUCCAAGAGCCUGCGGCACAAAGCCAGUGAGCUGGAGAAACAGUUGGAGUCAUUUACGAAGCAGUACCUGCAGCCUCAACAGUGAAGUCAAUCCUCUCAACCUUUUUUUCCACUGAAAGGCACAAACAAUCCAUCAAGAAAAGCAUUUUUCCAAAUCUUUACAACCAUAAAGGUUAUAUAUGAUUCUGUUGUCUGUUUUGCAUUAUAAAUUGAUUUUUAUUAUUGUUUAAGUCUGAACUUGUCCACUCCAUGUCUAACGGUAGUAUUAAAAAAAGAAUACGAACUAACCAACUAACUAAUGGGGUGCUAUUAUUGUACACUAAUGUGCUACAAACUGUGAAUAUGCCUUUUUUUGACAAACUUUUGUGAAACCAAUUCUCUUUGUGUCUGUCAGACUGUACAUGCGUUUUAGCAAGAAAAAAAAUAAAUACAUUUAAUAUGAAAGAUA